AUGGCUGGAGGGCGUUGCGACGAGCGAGCGCUCGCAAUGUAUAUGCGAAUCCAAGAGGAGGGAUCCAUCCCCAGCAUCGGCCUCCUCUUGGCGGCGCUCAAGGUGUGUAGAAGCACCAGAAAUCUCGCCAUGGGUCGCAAGCUCCACGCCCACGCCAUGGCCACCGGUAAUCACCACGCCUCCAACACCCUCCUCGCCAAUCUCCUCAUCGACAUGUACUCCAAGUGCGGCGCCAUCGCCGACGCUUGCCAGAUCUUCCACUCCUUGGAAUCUCCCGACCUCGUCUCGUGGACAUCGAUCAUCCAGGCGCUCUCUCGCGCAGGGGAGUUCGCCUUGGCCUUGGAUUCCUACGCUGGAUUGCUGGCCGAUUCGCGGUGCCCGCCCCCCGAUCGACUGGCGCUACUCGCGGCGCUCAAGGCCGUGGCGGGAUUGAUCGAUCGCGAUGGCGCUGCAAGGUGCCUGGAGAAGGUGAGAGCGAUCCAUGACCGCGCGGCCAGGGUCGGGGUGGAGCUGGAUGGAUUCGUGGUUGCGGCGCUGGUGGAUUCCUACGCCAAGACCGGGAGCUUCCCGGGCGCGCUACACGUCUUGUGGAGCGCGCGGGAGAUCCACGUCGUGUGCUGGACGUCGAUCGUCCUGGGCGCUAUCAAUGCGGGCAAUUCGAGGCUGGCGCUGGAGCUCUUCGAGAGGAUGCGCGACGAGGGAUGCCAGCCCGAUUCCACCGCGCUCCUCGCGGCGAUCAAGGCCUGCGCAAAUCUGGCCGGCGAGGGAAGAGGAGGAAAUCAAGAUCGAGAGAUUGGGAUUCUUCGCAAGGGACGAGCUUUCCACUCGAUGGCGCUGGCCGCGAAUUUGGUCGACCUCGCCCCUGCCAACACGCUGAUCGACAUGUACGCCAAGUGUGGCAGCCUCCGCGAGGCGAUCCAGGUCUUCGAAUCGAUCCGGCCGGACAGGAGGAGCAUCGUGUCGUGGAAUUGCCUCAUCCAGGGAGCCCACAACGACGACCCCAAGCUCGCGCUAAAUCUCUACUCGCGCUUGCGCGAUUCUUCCUCCUGCGCGCCCAAUCGAAUCACCCACAUCGCCGCGUUGAGAGCCUGCGCGAGUUUGGGCGAUCUCGAUUCCGGCCGCCAGGGCGAUUCCCAGCGAGUUUUCGAGCUCUUCACGAGGAUGCAGUCGACGGAAGAAGGAAUCAAACCCGAUGCGAUCACGUAUCUCUCGGUGUUAUCGGCGUGCUGCCGAUCUGGGCACGUGGAUCGAGCAAAGUUCUACUUGGAGGAGAUGCGAUCCAAGCACGGCAUUGCUCCUGGUAUCGAGCAUUACACUUGCAUGGUGAGAUUGCUGGGGCAGGCCAACCUCUUGGAGGAGGCGAGAAAGGUGGUGGAGACAAUGCCUGUGAAACCAGACAUUGUGAUUUGGAUGGCGCUGCUGGAGUGUUGCAAGAUGUGGAAGAAUUUGCAAGUGGGACGGGUUGCGUUUGAGGGUGUUAUGAGAAUCGAUGACAAGAACGCCACGGCUUAUGUGCUCAUGUCUAGUAUUUACGAAGAGGUUCUAUAG